GCGACUUCGUCCCGCCCCUCUGCCGGCUGUUCGGCGCUGCGCGUGCUGCACUCCUCCUUCCCCUGAGCGGCGUUGGGCGGGUGGGAGCUGUGGUGCGGCGGGAAGGAGCGUUCUGCUGUCACAGGAGAAGCUAUGAGCCCCGAGGAGAAGCCGCCGCCCGGCCACUCUCGCGAUGAGCGCCCGUCUCAGCCUGCUGCCGGCAGGGGCCGAAGGCGAGGUGGCUUGCUGACGGAGAUCCGCACGCCCAUCCGCACCGAGCCCUUCCAGCAGCGCUACAGCCUCAGCCCCGGCAGGGAGCUCGGCAGAGGAAAAUUUGCAGUGGUGAAGAAAUGUAUCCAAAAAGACACUGAAAGAGAGUUUGCAGCAAAAUUCAUGAGAAAAAGAAGAAAGGGCCAAGACUGUCGGAUGGAAAUAAUCCAUGAAAUUGCAGUCCUUGAAUUGGCACAAUGCAACCUUUGGGUCAUUAACUUGCAUGAAGUUUAUGAAACUGCAACGGAGAUUAUUUUAGUCCUGGAAUACGCUGCUGGAGGUGAAAUCUUUGACCAGUGUGUUGCUGAAAGAGAGGAAGCCUUCAAAGAGAAAGAUGUGAAACGACUUAUGAAGCAGAUCUUAGAAGGAGUUUCAUUCUUGCACAGAAACAAUGUGGUUCAUCUUGACUUAAAGCCACAAAACAUUCUACUAACCAGUAAGUCUCCUCUGGGAGACAUAAAGAUAGUGGAUUUUGGCCUUUCCAGGAUAAUGAAGAGCAGUGAGGAACUAAGAGAAAUCAUGGGAACUCCAGAGUAUGUAGCCCCUGAAAUUCUAAGUUAUGAUCCAAUCAGCACAGCAACCGAUAUGUGGAGCAUUGGAGUUCUGGCAUAUAUUAUGCUAACAGGGAUAUCACCCUUCUUAGGGGAUGAUAAACAACAAACAUUCUUAAAUAUUUCUCAAAUGAAUGUAAGUUACUCAGGAGAAGACUUUGACCUCGUAUCAGAAUCUGCUGUGGAUUUCAUCAAAACUUUGCUGGUGAAGAAACCUGAGGAACGGGCAACUGCUGAAGAAUGUCUCCAGCACCCCUGGUUAGAACAAAGUGAUGAACCUUCUUGCAGGGCCUGGAGUAACAGUACAGUAGGGGAGAGCGGUGAUGCCAGCCAGAAAAAUGCAGAUUCUGCCUCUGAAAAAUCUGUACAUGUUGAGAAGACUGAAGAGGAAGAAUCAAUGGUGACAGAAGAACUAAUUGUAGUGGCUUCGUAUACUCUGGGACAAUGUAGGCAGUCAGAAAAAGAAAAAACAACUGAGCAGAAAGCCAUUUCCAAACGAUUCAAGUUUGAGGAACCAUUACUGCAAGAAAUACCAGGAGAAUUCAUUUAUUGAACUAUGUGUUACUUCAUAGCAGUGUUUUCUGCUAAACAAAAAUAUCCUAGUCAAGGGAAUCUCUGAUAUGCAAUAAAUGUUCUAGACAAAAGAAAAUGUUGAUAGAUGGCAUCUAAGGAGAAUGUGCCACGUUUUUAAUUUCAUGGAAGAAAUAAACAAGAUUUCAAGAGGCUGGCAGGAAUUCAGCAAAGAUGAAAGCUUAUUUUUGUUUAUUUUUUGUCUCUGGAUAGCAGACAAAUUCUGUUAAUUGCUCUGAUGUUCUGGAGGCAUUGAUAUUAUAAGAAAAGUUUCGGUGACAGAUGUCAAGAGAAGUAUGUUUUAGGAUACGCUUUGUCAUGCAGUACAAAUAUAUAAUGCUGGAUUUUCCUCAAAUAUUUUUUAGCAUUCCUGACUUCAGUGGACAUGUCUACUGAUCUAAAAAAUACGUAUGAAAUAAUUUGACUGGUUUGACAGAUUUCAAAACUACACUAUGUAUAUAUUUCUUUACAUUUUCAUCACAUCCAAAGACUUGCAUUUAGUGUAUAGUGAGCUGGAUUUCUCUAGCAAACAGUGCAUAUGUCCCACAGGUAGAGACAUCUUAUCAGUAAACAAUUCCAGAAACAGUAAUGACAUUUCUUUAUUUGGGAGCGUGGUAAAAUUCUGCUCUGGAGAAUGGUAAAUCUCCCAAAGGCAGCCUCUUGAGAACCCACAGACUGCUGCUCCCUCUGUCUCCUAUGCUGGGCCAGGUACACUAGCAGAACCCAGCUCAGUGUGUCUGCACGUUGCUGAUGAGUGGCCAGCAAAGAAAAUGACAGUCAUGUGCAGCAAUUAUUGAAGUUCUCUUGCUUCAACAUUUUAGUUCAGUUUGUCCAUCUAAUGAUAAAUCAGCCCUUGAUUUCUGCUCCCUCUUCCCCACCCCAAACCCAACUGAGGUUUUACUGGGAGCAUGAGGUCAUCGCUGCCUUCUUUUUGUUCUGUUCUAACUGCUGCUUUAGAAAGAAAGAAGCUAAAUUGCAUAACCUUUUUCAAUAUAGCUAUCAGAUGAGGAAGAAGAUGCUAUAUCCUCUGAAACAGUGAAGCACAACUCAUACCUCGUGCUUCCCAAUCACUCCCCCUUAGACACUUGGAAAAAACAUAUGUGUAUGAUAGGGUAGAGUUGGGUUAGGGAGCAGUAUGGAUGGGUCAUAGUUCUCAAUGGACACAGUCCCUCACAGAAUAAAACCAGGACUAACCAGGCAUCAGAACUGACUGGUUUUUGCAAUGUAUGGAUAUCUGAAGAUAUUGGACUGAGUUCUAGUUUUCUAAGAAAUCUUUCAUAUUGAUGCUGUUCCAAAGUUUAAUUUUUAUGUAUUUGAAAUUUAGUACUAUUAUAUUGCACACUGUUAACUAUUCAACUAUUUAUUUGGUUUCCUUGUGCCAUUCCUUUAUAAUAAACCCUGACAAAAGUUUUCUUGCUGUAAAACAGUGAAUAGAAACUCUUAAGAUA